AAAAGGUUGAGUUUCAAGUUACUUGGGUAACAAAGUGGGAAAAGAUUACUGUUGGGCUCCUAGGUAGGGGGGUUGGGAAAUUGAAUUCUUUAUAUCAAUGAAAAGUUAUUUAGAACUAUACUAUAACAAUAAAAAUCAGUAACAGUUUUUCUUUCAAUCAUCAUGUCUGUGUAUAUGCAUUUGACUUGAUCUUAUUCUAGUCCGUCAAAUUUUUGUUCUGAUUGAUUUCUCGGUUUUACAUGGGCUUAGACAUGGAGGAUCUGAAGGUAAUAUUUCUCCAUCAGUUGAGCAAGCAAAUUACUUUUCGAAAGCAUCAAAUUCAUUUAUGUCUUGCCUCUGUAACUGUGAUGUUCAGCCGGAUGUUAUUGUUGAAAAACAUCCUUUCAUUGGUGAACCUCUGGAUACUACUCAGGUAGAAUAUAAUGACGCUUCUGGCUGCAUUAAAAACUUAUUUGCUUGUAAGUUGAAUGACAGGCAGAAAGUGUCUUUGGAAAACGUGGCUUCUUUGCAGGAAGUGAUUUAAUGUGGAAUAGGAUAAAUAAACUGGAGUGUCACUAUUCUCAAUGGAGAGAUGUUAAAAAGGUGACAGGAGCAGUUAGUCUGACAUUUAAGGAACAAAUAACAGGUGUCCUCAACAUGGAUAUAAUGAGGGGACAAAGUGCUGAUGUCGGUAUAAACAAACCCAGUUGUGAUGUAGCUUUUCAAAAUGUUGCUGAUGCAAACAAACCCAGUUGUGAUGUAGCUUUUGAAAAUAUUGAAUAUCUAAAGGAACCAGAAAUAUCCAAUGUUUCUUCUGGAGGAUCUGCACCUGUUGUUAGUGAGGCAUCUGCGGUGAUUCAUGACAAUGAGUUCACUACUGAUGAUCAAAAGACUGGCAAGUAAUGUUGUUGAUGAAGGAUCAGGAAUCAACAGAUGCUUGUCAUCUAGUGAUGCCGAAGGCAGAGAACAAAGUGUGAGUUUCUUGGUUUUUCUUGUGAAUUCAACCCAAUGGAUGCAGGACCAUCCAAAGGGUUCGCUAAUAAUUCUUUUGAUAGUCUGAUUGAUGAACUUCGACUAAAAAAUCCCUUAAAAUUGAACAAAAUGCAGAACCAUUCUAGCUUCAGCAUUCAAGAAAAGAGCCACUUUAUUCAGAAAGUGUCUGAUUUCUCCAAAAAGGUGAUUAGAAAAAGAACCAAAUGGAAAAAGUUGGAUACAAAUCUUCCUACCGUCUACUCUGCUUGUGGCUAUCCAGAGGACAAUUGUGGUUCUGGUCUGCAACAUCCAUGCAAUGUUGAAAAAGGUGCCCCCUAUCUGAAAAUGGCAGUGUAGAAAAAUGUGUGUAUUCCAUAGAACCAAGUUUCAGAGAAAGGAGAUUCAGAAUGCGUUCAUUGAAUACUCUUUCUUGCACUGGUAAAGUUAAUUGCCAUGAUGCAAAAGUUGUUGGUACUCAGUCAGAUCUUUUAAAGGUUAGUGAUGAUGAUACCUUUGUAUCUUGUGAAUUACCUAGAAGAAAGUGAAUGAAACUGGACACUGCAACACCUGUUAGGUAGGCAGAUGAGGGAUAUUAUCUAGGUGUUGAUGCUGCGGCUAACUGCAGUUUUAUAGACACCUCUAUGUUUCCUGAGAUGCAUGAUAAGGCUUAUAGAAGGGUUGUAAGACCUAUAGUGGGGCAGAAAUAUGGAGUAAUUUCUAAUGUGAAUCCAUCAAAACCAGUCAAAUUUGUUUCUCUAAGAAAAAUUUGUGACUUAUUGGAAAAGUAUAGCUCUUCUGGAAACUCAACUGCUAAAUUGACUUCUGUAAAAUUCAGGAAGGCAAGUGCAAAAGAAAAACAUCGACACAUUAACAGGUCUCCAUAUCUCAAGAAAGUCAAAUGUUGUAAUGCCAAUUGUGUUGUAACUACCAAAAAAUCUAAAAGCCGUCUCUUGACAUCUAGUCAAUUGGAUCCUUGCCAAUCAUUAGAGCAAUCCAAAAGAGCACAUUUCCAUGGAGGUGAAGAAGGGGCUCGCUUAUUCUACUCUCUAGAGAAGAGAAGUUAUGAUUAACUUAUAGAAAUUGGUAAUAUUGCAGAUGAUUCUCUGCCAACUCCACUAAAGCCAUUGUCCUAGGAGUUUCACAAACAGGGCCUUAAUGAGUUGACACUUGAAAUAACCUGGUUCUCAAAUCGCUCUAGGGACAUUUCUAACAAUAAUAUGGUUGCUACUGUAGGCAUUCAUCCAAGAGAAGGAGGUUCUACUUGUGGCCGAACAGAGAGAUACAAGGGCCGCAAAAAGGAAGGACUGCGGUAUAAUCUUCAUCAGUAUUCUGAGUCUGGCGGUGGAGGCCUUAUUGCCCAGGAGCAAUUAAAUGCCUGGAUUCACAUAACUGGACAAAAUACAUCAAGAAAGGAGAUUCUGAGGCUUCCACAUAAAGAUGUUGGAUAUGAUUAUCGGAAGGAAUAUGUUCACUAUAAGCACUCCAAAGGGUGGAAGAGUUUGGUUGUGUAUAAAUCUGGCAUUCAUGCUCCUUGUGUUUACACGUCUAGGUUGUUGAAUAUGUGGGUGAGAUAGUGGGGCUUCGGGUCGCUGACAAAAGAGAAAAUGAGUUCCUGUCAGGAAAGAAAUUGCAGUAUAAGAGUGUUUGUUAUUUCUUUAGGAUUGAUCAAGAGCAUAUAAUCGAUGCAACCCAAAAGGGAGGGAUUGCUCGAUUUGUGAACCAUUCAUGCCUGGUAGGUUUCUUCCAUAGCAAUUUUGUCCAGUUAUUCCCCCUGCUCAAUUAUGUUGCUCUUUCGUAUAACUAUUUUGAUGAAGUGCUUGCACUUUGACAUUUUGUUUCUUUUGCCAUUUCUGCUUUUGAUGUAAUUUAUGUUUUUUAAAAGCGAGAAAAGAUUGACGUCAGAUUGAUUGAUCAAGUAUGAUGGACUCAGCUUUUCUUAUUUUGCUAAUUCAUUUUACCUGCCAAACUGUGUUGCCAGAAU